CCUCGAAGGAAAGACAAAACAACCGUCAACUGCGGUGAAGUUAUUUUAUAUUUUUAUUAUCUUAAAGUAAUUGUCAGUGAUAUUAAAAUGUCUGCUUCUAAAUUAUUAACAGAAUCAACGGCAAAAUUGUUUGUUUUUCGUAAUAUGAGUGUUGUUUCGUCAAAAAUAUUACUUUACAAAGAAUACGGUGAACCAUUCAAUGUUCUUGAAUGUCAAACUGAUGAAAUAAAUAAACCGGGAAUUAAUCAGGUUAGGGUAAAAUGGUUAUUAUCGCCUGUCAAUCCGGCUGAUAUUAAUACAAUUCAGGGGAAAUAUCCCAGUAAACCAACAUUGCCAGCAGUACCUGGCAAUGAAGGUGUUGGUGAAAUAAUAGAUCUUGGAUUAAAUGUUGAGAAUUUAAAAAUUGGCGAUAGAGUUGUUCCAAAUGCUUCAAAUAUUGGAACAUGGAGAACGGAAGGAAUUUAUAAAUCUGAUGAUCUUAUGAAAAUUCCAAAAGACAUUGGAACUGUUGAAGCGAGUAUGUUAAAUGUAAAUCCAUGUACAGCUUAUAGAAUGUUGAAAGAUUUUGUUCAACUUAAUUCAGGAGAUACAGUUAUUCAAAACGGUGGAAAUUCAGCUGUUGGACAAUUAGUGACACAACUUUGUAAAAUAUGGAACUAUAAAAAUGUCAGUGUCGUUAGAGAUAGAUCUGAUAUUUCCGAUUUAAAGUCACAACUCAAAGAAAUGGGAGCGAGUGAAGUUUUAACGGAAAGUGAAUUACGAAAAACGGAUUUAUUUAAAAGUAAAAAAUUAUCACAACCAAAAUUAGCUUUAAAUUGCAUUGGUGGACAGAAUGCAACUGAUGUUUUGAGACAUCUUUGUCAUGGUGGUGUUAUGGUCACUUAUGGUGGAAUGUCACGUGAGCCUGUUACUAUUCCCACAUCGGCUUUAAUUUUCAAGGACGUAACAGUAAAAGGUUUUUGGAUGACAGCGUGGAAUAAACAGAAUUUAAAUUCAAAUGAAAGAAUCAAAAUGUAUGAGGAGCUGGCAAAAUAUUUCAAAGAUAAAAAAUUAAUUGCACCACCUUAUAAAAUUAUUCCAUUUUCAAAUUAUAAGGAAGCAAUUGAAAAUGCUUUAAAGCUUGAUGGUAAACAGGGAUUAAAAUAUAUUCUCGAUUUGGAGAAAAAUUGAAAAUUUUCUCUCUCUCUGUCGUGAAAAUAACAAAAAUUAGAAACAAAAAUAAAUAUAUAAUUUUUGGAUUAUAUGUGCAUUUAUUCAAAAUGUACAAGUGUACAAUAUUUGCAUUAAAAAUGGAAAAUUUUUUACUGA